UCAAGUUCCAAGAAAGGAGAUUCCGACUAAACAUCGGGAAGAAUUUUCUGACCGCAGGAGCCGUUCGGCAGUGGAACAGUGACGGACCCUCCUUCAUAGGAGGGUCUGUCGGGGAUUCUUUAGCUGCAUUGCAGGGGGUUGGACUAGAUGACCUCUGGCAUUCCUUCCAGCUCCGCGAUUCACCCUCCCUCCCUCCCUGUCCCUCAGGUGUUUGAUGGCUGCUCCGUUCGGGGGGCCUGUUCUUGCUGAGGAAUUCCACAAUGCAGACGGUUAUGGAUGUGUUUUGCCCAUGAGGUAUAUAGGGGGGGCUUGUCCCCCUCUUCCCUCUCGCAUUCCUUAUUGCAAGCAUCACAAGGAGAAAUGGGACCACUGGGGGGGGAGCGCCUGCCUGACAGCCUGCGUCCCAGGAAUCAAAGAACAAACCCCACGGCAGCCCCUCCUCCUCCUCCCUCACAACUUUCCCCCAACUCUCUGCUCAGAGUUUGGGGGUCUUUUUUUUGCUCCGACCUGCACACUGCUCUUAUUGCUGACACGGGAACUACAGCUGCUUGGCGAUUCUUCCAGGAACAGCCUGGCCUGCCUGCAGCUUGGAUGGUGUUUUAUUAUUGUUUUUUAAAAGGCCCAGUUGGAGAUAGGAUCGAGCCCUUGGCCUCUGGGACAUACGAGGUCGCUGGACAAGAUUUUGUUGCUAAUAGUGUUUUAUCGGUACAAGGAUGCAGCCUCAAGCUCAGAGCAGAAACUAGACUUUGCGGUCUUUCCAAUGACGCCUCUGUCCCAAGAGCGGCUUCUAUGGUAGGAAGAUGAAAGCAUCGUGUGUCGAGUUCCUCCUCCUACUGGCAGCUAUUGUGGCCCAGUACAAAGCAUCGACUCCGCCAGAAGUCUGCAGCACAGCGGAGACUGCGGACAUUUUGUUCCUCGUGGACGAAUCGUGGAGCAUCGGGGAAAGCAACUUCCAGCUGAUCAAGGAUUUCAUUUACACCAUCGUACGGACGUUUGAAAACGUGGUGGUGGGAAAGGCGGGUGUCCGUCUAAGUGUGGUGCUCUACGGGGACAAACCAAGAGUAAGUAUCGAUCUGACAGACUACAUCACCAUUGAGGAGGUGCUGGUGGCUGUCCGAGACCUGCUCUACAAAGGGGGCAAUGCCAAGACAGGGAACGCUCUCUCCUUCCUAGCAGACACAAUGGUCAGUGCAGGGACACUGAGAGAAGAUGCUGCAAAGGCGGUCGUUUUAAUCACAGACGGGAAAUCUUCUGAUUCCGUCGACGAGCCAGCAGCAACCCUUAAGAACAGGGGGGUAACCGUGUUUGCUGUGGGAAUUAGAAAUGCAGAUAGGAACGAGCUGAGGAAAAUAGCAUCCGAUCCCAUCGAGGAGCACAUGCUCUACGCCAAAGACUUCAGCCAACUCGGCAGCCUCUCGCGAAAGGUGUCCCGGAGGCUUUGCUUCACGGCUUCGGAGCCCCCACAACCUGCCAAGCAAACGGCCAAUGUUGAGAAGAUUGUUGGGCCGCGGGACCUCACAGUCAGCGAGGAGAGCCACAGCUCUCUGAGACUUAAUUGGACACCCGCAACCGGGAAAGUGACCAGCUACCGUAUCAUCCUGGACUCACUCUCAGCUGGCGGACAGGUCUCUCCAGAGGAUCAGCAGCAGGUUGUUUUGGAUGCCAACAAGAGCUCAGCGCUGGUGACGGAUCUGAAACCCAACACCAAAUAUUUAUUCACUGUCAUGGCUGUCUACUCUGAUGUUCUGGGGGAGCCAGCGACUGUCAAAGGGAGAACAACAUCCAUACCUACAGUGACCCAUUUCCGGGUCGUAGAAGAAGGACUGUUCAGCCUGAAAGUGGCUUGGACCCCUCCGUUGGGAAAACUGGAAGGCUACAAGGUCUACCUGCCAACAAACAGGCCUGGGUCGACCUCGGAAAAGAUUCUGGCCCGGGAUGUCUCCUCGCAUGUCCUCGAUAACUUGCAGGAGGACACAAACUAUACUGUCAGCAUUUAUGCCGUCUACCCAGAAGGGCCUAGCCAGGCGGUGUCAACAACUGGCAGAACUUUAAAGCUGCUGUCCGUGGGAAACUUUGUGCUUGAGAAUGCAACAACCAAUACAAUCCAGGCCAGAUGGAUGCAAGUCAGAGGUGCCUCCGGAUACAGGCUGACGUGGGAGUCUUCAGAAGGCAGCAUUCACAACGUGAACUUGGGGGACACUUACAGCUACUACAGGAUCCAAGGACUGCAACCAGGCAAUGAAUACGUCGUCACGGUGAAUCCGGUCUUUGGCGCCAUUGAAGGACCGAUAGUCACUGCGAAGGCAACAACCUUGUCGUCCAGCGCCGUGGAGAUUUUGAAAGCAACCGAGGUCACCAUCAGUUCCGUGCUGGUUUCCUGGAACUCGGUGCCCGGGGCAACUGGGUACCGGGUGAUGUGGGGCCCAACUCCAGAGUUCUUCGGAAGAGACCGACCCCGGCAGCUUGCUCUGAACAGCUCCAAUACAGCUUACCGCCUGCAAAAUUUGGCUCAUAACACGGAAUAUGUGAUUUCGCUGUAUGUCCUUUUUGGUUCGGUAGAGGGUCCGGGGAUCACCAUUACUGCGAAGACCUCUCCUCUGGGCUACGUGACUCAUUUCAAGGCAACCUCUUCCUCGAGCACCUCCAUCUCUCUGUCCUGGAAUGCUGUCCCUGCAGCCAACAAAUAUAAGAUUGUCUGGAAACCAUCCGGAACCGAGCUAGAGAAAGACACUGCUCAGAGCCAUCUCCUAGACAGCGGAGUGCUUGCUUACCGUCUGGAAAACUUGCUGCCUGACACCCAGUACACCAUCGGGAUUUGUGCUGUGUUUGGAACUUCCGAUGGAAGAGUAGUCACCCUUACUCAAGGCACCGGAUCUCGUGGGAACCUCUCCAUUCCCCUUCCAAUGGUUCCAUCUGCAAAACCUAUUACAACUAGAUUCCUGCCAUUGAGUUCAAGACAACCCACUCCUCCAGCAGCCACCUCUCUCAGGCCAAGAAUCACCUCCGCACACACAGCGAGGAUCCCUAAGGCAACAGCGCCGCCAGCUCCCACCCCUGGCCCAGUCUGCAGCAAAUCCAAAGCAGACAUUGCCUUUCUGGUGGAUGAAUCGUCGAGCAUCGGCCAAAGCAAUUUUGCCAAAAUAAAGGACUUCCUCUUCCGCAUCGUCUCUUAUUUCCCCAAAAUUGGGCCUGAAGGUACACAGAUUGCUGUAGCCCAGUACAGUGAGGAACCCAGGACGGAAUUCCACUUUAACCGUUAUAGGGACCGGAACGGCGUUUUGAAAGCUCUCAAGAGACUCCGCUAUGCUGGCGGAAACACAAAAACCGGUAGGGCCAUCGGCUACGUCUUGAAAGAGAUAUUCCAAGCCUUCAAGGGGAUGAGACCCUCUGUGUCCCGCACCCUGGUGUUGCUGACGGAUGGGCCAUCUCAGGACGAUGUUCUGCCCCCAGCCAAAGUGGCCCACCUUAUAGGGAUCCGUGUGAUCGCUGUGGGCAUUUCAGGGGCAGAUCCGGAAGAACUGAAAAGAGUCUUGUUGCAUCGGAACUUGAACAACCUGUUCUACGCCAGCACCUUUGACGAUCUCCCGCUGAUCCUUAGGGAGCUCAUAGAAACCCUUUGCUCUGGGUCCCAGCAAGUGGUUGCCGUGCCACAGGAAAGUGGGAUUGCCAGCAAGGAGAUGAACAAGGUGGAAGGGCUGCUGGAUGAUGCAAAGAGGGCGGCACCUGUCUCCGGUUCCCCUUCCGUUCCCCUGAUGGUUCAGACCCCGCAAGGACCCUGUGACCCAAGGUGCUCCAAAGUAAGCCAGCCAGUGAUUCAAUGCAGCAGGGUACCCCUAACUCCACCCCACGGAGACCAAGGCCCACCUGGAGAUGUGAGCUUCACGGGUCUUCACACAGGAGGGGGCUACGACCCGUUUAGUUUCACCACCAAGGGGGAAAAAGGAGAGCGGGGACUUCCUGGGAAAGAUGGGGUUCCCGGAUUGCCUGGCAGGCCUGGACGAACUGGUCCCCCUGGAUCCCCUGGACUCAUGGGUCUCCCUGGCAUUCAAGGUGAUCAUGGGCCUCCGGGAUACCCAGGACCUCCAGGGCCAAAAGGAGAUAGAGGGGAACCAGGAUAUGUGCUAGGAGGCAUGGAGGUCAUUCCAGGGCAAAACGGAUUACCCGGACCGCCUGGUUACAAGGGGCAGCCAGGAGUUCCCGGAGUGGCAGGACCACCAGGUUUGCCCGGACUCCCCGGACCGCAGGGACCACCUGGAUUGUCAGUCAAGGGUGAGCCAGGAGACCCUGGGGUCAGGGGACCUCGAGGGAAGAGCGGCGUCAAGGGAGAGAAAGGAGAAGCUGGAGAAACGGGGAAGGCUGGCUUACCUGGCCCGAUUGGACUCGAUGGUACUCCUGGAGCUUCUGGACCAAAAGGUGAAAAGGGCGAGGUAGGACUUGGCCUUCCAGGGACCCCUGGUUUAAAGGGAGCAGAAGGAGACAAGGGGGCGACAGGCCUUCCCGGAUCCCAAGGGCAGAAGGGUGAACAAGGCAUGCCAGGCGCAGAAGGACCAACAGGCUUGAGGGGCAAAAAAGGCCAAGAUGGCGUCAAAGGAGAAAAGGGAGAGCGUGGAGAGGCAGGGGUGAAGGGUCUUCAAGGAAUUGCGGGUCUUCCAGGUCCUGUUGGGCCCAAAGGAGACCAAGGCAUCCAAGGAUUUCCUGGGGCUCCAGCUAUGGGUGUGGUGGGACCUUCAGGCAAGAAAGGUACCAGGGGGGAUUUGGGGCCAGUUGGCCCCCCAGGUCCAAAAGGAGACCCAGGGGACCAAGGAGAAAAGGGAGAGAAGGGGAGCCCAGGAUUUGGCAUUCCAGGACAGCUGGGGCUGAAGGGCGAGCCAGGAGAAAGGGGAAACGUUGGCUUGUCCGGGAAGCCGGGGCAAAAGGGGGAAACUGGCCCAAAGGGUGAGAAAGGUGAGCAAGGACCGUCCGGAAGACCCGGCGAGCCCGGCCUAAGAGGUAAAGAUGGGGAAACAGGCACUCCUGGUGAGACUGGAGAGAGAGGAAUUCGGGGUCCUUUGGGUCUGCCAGGACGUCCCGGAGAGCGAGGGAUGAAAGGAGAGGCAGGAGAAACAGGCAAGGAUGGACAGCCUGGCCCCCCUGGAACUCCUGGAAAGACCGUUCUUCCUCUGGAAAGCAGCGCUGCCGUCAAAGGAGAGAAGGGAGACCCUGGGCCACCUGGCAAAGGAACAGACAUCAAGCAUUUGGAAAGACUCUUUGAAGCUUAUGGCAUCAAGCUGGCGCUGUUGAAGGAGCUGUCUGACAUGCUCCUACGGGACGGGGUCGAGCUAGUGAGCCAGCAAGUGGCCGGCUCUAGGAAGGGGAAGGGGAAGUCAGCCAAGAAGAAGCAAGGCUCUAAGCAGACCACGGGUGAUGUGCAGAGCCCACGGAAGUCUGAUGUUCCCGGCGAGCAUCUAGCGAGCACCACCACCGAAGUGGCCGGAGAAGAGCCGAGCACCCCAGUUCCAGAAGCUAAGGAAUAUCUCUUGUCUCCGCCCACUUCCCUGCCUGCCACUCUUGCUCGGACCGUUGCAGAUCUGAAGAUUAUGACAACUGCUAGCCACAAUCCUAGUGGCAACACGGUGUCAGAAGUGACAGCCAACCACACAGGCCUAUGGGAGCUGGAUGCUGAGAAAGCCAAGGGCAAUCCGGACAGACAGAGCACAACUCUGCCUCAAAGGACGAUGCAAGAGGACUCUUUGAAGCAGGUAGAAGCUACUGAGGCUGCCACCUUGGUGACCCAGGAUGGAGUUUGGUUUCUGGAAGAGACAUCUGUAAGGACGGAGACAGAGGGAGAGGUAGAAAAGAGCUCCCUUCAUCUUGGUCCAGAGACCCAUCUCCACUCGCUAGAGAACCCACCACGUCAGGUAACAGAGACCCCAGAAAAGAGGAAGACAGAUGAAGAGCUAUUCAGUGUGCCGUCCGGUCUUGAGCUGGAAACAGAGCAGAAUUCUGCAGAGCAUGUGUCGGCAACACCCACGGCGUCCACAGAACUGCUGGGGCCUCUGAAGAAAAGACCUAAGGAGCGAAAAAGGGAGAAAGAAACCAGCUGGGAAAAUGCCGGCGGCCUUUCUGAUCCCGAGGAAAGAAGCAAUGGCAGAGUCCGAAGGAUGGCAGAGACCCGGAGCCUUGAGGUGCGUUCUCCUGGUGCCCUUGGAAUUAGGGGAGCCCCAAUGGAACACCAUGCCAGUUCUGGGGCUUAUCCUGGGCCUCACAGAGCAAGGAGAAUUAAGAAGCAAAGGUCAGACAAGGUGGAUUUCCUGCCAGUUCAAGGUCAAAAGGGAGAAAAGGGAGCGCCUGGGAGCCAAGGCAGCAAAGGAGAACAGGGGGAACCAGGAGAGCCAGGGGAGCCAGGGGAGAAGGGUGCCAGAGGCGAAGAUGGAGAAAUUGGUCAAAAGGGAGAGCCAGGGAUUGGCUUCCGGGGACCUGUUGGCCAGGCUGGACCUCCUGGGCACAAGGGUGAGCCCGGCGUCCCGGGACCUCCAGGGGCACAAGGCGUCCAGGGUAUCCGUGGCAACCCCGGGACCCCCGGGUCGCAGGGGGAGAGAGGCGCCCCAGGCCCACCUGGAAUUCCAGGGCAAAAGGGGGAACACGGCAAGAGAGGCAGGAACGGUUCGGCUGGACCAAUAGGACCCCCCGGACACCCAGGACAAGAGGGGAUGCCCGGUGUCCCUGGGAUCAAGGGAAGCAAGGGUGAGGCCGGGCUUGGCAGACUGGGUCCAAGGGGACCACGAGGGCUUCCUGGGCCUCAGGGUGACGAAGGAAUUGUGGGAGUUCGUGGCCCCGUUGGCAUGAUGGGACAGAAUGGCCUUUCAGGGCCUAAAGGGGAGAAGGGCGAUGUUGGAUUUCCUGGGGCCAAAGGAGAAAGGGGAGACCCCAUGACGACAUUUGGACCUCAAGGCUACAAAGGCAACAAAGGGGACCCCGGUGAAAGAGGCCCUCCAGGGUUUGAUGGUGACAAGGGCGAGAAAGGAGAAGAUGGACCAGCAGGAGAAAAGGGAGUGAAAGGAGAAGCUGGGGCGAAAGGAAUCAUGGGCCUGUUUGGCACAAGAGGCCCAGUGGGGCAGAAGGGUGAGCUGGGCGAACCUGGAUUGCCAGGAUUUGCUGGAACCGCUGGGCUCGAUGGGAAGAAUGGUAUGAAAGGGGCAAAAGGAGACAGAGGCCUGCAGGGCCAGAAAGGGGAACCGGGGGGAGAAGGCGAUCCUGGUCUAACUGGUGACAUUGGACGGAAAGGUUCGAAGGGUUUACGUGGGUUGCCAGGAAGGACAGGACCUCCAGGAGCAGAUGGAAUCAAGGGGGAAAUUGGCGGCAUUGGGAGUCCAGGGACCUCCGGUGCAGAUGGGCUUCUGGGACCCAAGGGUGAGCGCGGAGAGUCCGGCACAGACGGGCCCAAGGGAAUUUCGGGGCAGAAAGGAGAAAAGGGCGCCAAGGGGGUGCCUGGCCUGGGAGGCUUUAAAGGACAGAUAGGCCUACCUGGCAAGGUGGGUGUCGCUGGACCACCUGGCCUGCAAGGACCUCAGGGUGAGCCAGGAGUACAGGGCGAGAGGGGUAGAAGAGGAAGGCAAAAGCUUUGUCUCAGGGGACCCCCGGGAACUCCUGGCAACAAAGGAAAAGUGGGGGAGGAUGGCCCAGCUGGUCGGAAAGGAGAAAAGGGAGAUCCUGGACUUUCUGUGGGAGACGUAAAGGACAUUGUCAGGAGCGAGAUGAGCGACAAAGAUGCUUGUGCCGGUGAGUUGGAAAUAGGGAAGACGAUGCUGUUCCAAGGGAUAAGUAUGGCAUUUCUAAACUUUCAAGGAGGUUUAGUUUCAAAUAGGUAGCU